AUAGGGAUCAUAGGUAAAUAUGUUAGUGUUAGGGUUAACUAACCACUCAGAGAUCAUAGUUAACAUGUUCAUAUCUUAGUGUUAGGGUUAACUAACCACUCAUAGAGAUCAUAGUUAACAUAUUUGUGACACAGCCACAUAACUUUAUAAGUAUUUGAAUAUUGGUACAAAUUGUAUGCAAAUGAAAGUGCCCAGUUAGCAUAAUGUUUUAAAUCCUUGCUAGGUUAAUAAUGUUUUGGGCUACUUGUUAAUUGGUUUUGUGUGUGUUUGCCGAUGUCUAAAAGCCCUAUAAUGCAGGCUACAGUUUUAUUUGCCGUUAUGACAAAAGGGUUACUGGGACUUUAAGCACGGUGACCUCAGAGGCCAAGGGGAGGAGUCACGGACAGGAACCAGGAAGCAGGUGAGCAAAGGAGAAAUGUUUGGUGUGGACCAGGAGAGGUGGAUGGUGAGUUUGGGAAUGCAGUGAUGCUGGAAUCAUAAAACCCCACGCUAACCAGACAAACCUUAAGAGAUCGACCUUGGAGUAAAAGUACUUACUUAAUGGAGAAAAUCUUGGUGGAGUAUGUUUGUUUGAGCCUGCUUUGCCAUGUGUGAAGAUGAAUCGCACGGUCGGGAUCUUUCUGCUGAUCAGCUGCACUCUGGCUGGACUGGGUUCAGCUAUUCGCUGCUACAGCUGUAAGGACUACACAGCCAGCUGCUCUAAACAACGAGACUGUAGCUAUGACGACGCCUGUCUCACCCUCACCGAGAGAGGGGGUCAGACGUACCGGCAAUGUCUCAAGUACUCAGACUGUGAAUACAGUCGGCUGGGACAGAUGUUCCCUCAGGUUUCCAGUUUCACCUUCAAGUGCUGCAACUCUGAUUUGUGCAACUCCGCCCCCUCCUCUUCAGCGAGCUCUCUGAUUGGUUUAUUGGCCUCUCUGGCUGUGAUCUGGUGGUGUAUGCACUGAGAGAUUAAACGACACAAACAAAUACCAGUACAGACACACAUUCACACAAACACACAUCCACACACAUUUACACAAACACACACCAGUAUGAAACCAUUCAAAUGCACAGCUAACCAAUAGAAAUACAGCAAUAUCACACCUAGGGCAGGCUAACUAAGGGCUAGGGUUAGCCUUACCUUAUCCUAGGGGCAGGCUAACUAAGGGCUAGUCUUACCUUAUCCUAGGGGCAGGCUAACUAAGGGCUAGGGUUAGUCUUACCUUAUCCUAGGGGCAGGCUAACUAAGGGCUAGGGUUAGCCUUGCCUUACCCUAGGGGCAGGCUAACUAAGGGCUAGGGUUAGCCUUGCCUUACCCUAGGGGGGGGCUAACUAAGGGCUAGGGUUAGGCUUGCCUUACCCUAGGGGGUAAAGCCUUGACUUGGGGUGAGGCUAAGGGUUAGGGUAAGUCUUGACUUGGGGUGAGGCUAAGGGUUAGGGUAAGCCUUACCUUGGGGGGAGGCUCAACCUUAGAGGAGGCUAACCAAGGGUAAGCCUUGACCUACGGUGAUGCUAACCCGAGUGCUGAGCUAGCCCUGACCCAUAAAGACAUGCAGCGGACAUAAGAUCCAUGCUAACACCAAGUUGUACUGAGUGCUCUAACCGCUUCACCCUCACCCUGUGUGCAGGUCUCGGAGGUCCUGAAAGUAUUGAUUGAAAAAUGUAUUGAUUUAAUCCAUGGUCUCUAUUGAUAAAGGGAGGAUGGAGAACGUGUGGAACUGUAACACAAAGCACCAUUAUUGAUAACAGCAUAAUAAACAUUUCCGUUAAGUGCAACUGGUAACCGUUUGUUCUGUCAUAACAAAGUGGAAAUAUCAUCUGGGCACCAGUUUGAGGAGCUGGUUUCAGUCCCCAUGAACCAGUUUGAGGGGCUGGUUUUUGUCCCCAUGAACCAGUUUGAGGAGCUGCUUUCAGUCCCCAUAAACCAGUUUGAGGAGCUGGUUUCAGUCACCAUGAAAUUAUACAAUUGUUUUUUUAUGAUUACUAAGAUAAGUAUUGUGUUACAGAAGGCCAGUUAUCAACAUUAAGAUGUAUGCACUGUUUAAAUUAGGGCUUGUUAUGAUAAUAAAGAUUAAUAAUGUAUCAAACAGGACUGCUUUGG